AUGGUCGUGCCUGUGCGGGAAACGGUUGUACACAACAAUUUCACCGAAUGUGUGCUAGGCGAGUUCAAGUUGUUGGUCGAUACCAACACAGGGUACUUCAACGCGACAAAAAUGUGCAAAAAACAAGGAAAACAGUAUGUUCGCUACGAAUCCCUUGUUAAGAGUAAGUCUAUAGAAAAAUUAUUUGUGUUGUUCAUCGGUCAACGUUUAUCAUCUUAUAGUACUAUAUUUGCAAAUGCUUCAGAAGCCGGUACGUACUGCCACCCAAUAAUAUUUCUGUCCGUGGCCAUGUGGUGUUCCAAUAAAUGUUACGUGACGUCGGCAAUGAUUGUAAGCGAUUUCUUCAAUCGUAACGCUGAUCGUCGUGCUCAAUUUACGCGCUUACUCGAAAUAAUAGAUGUACCAAUUUCACAAAAAGUCGUCGAGUUUGAACUAGCCGUAGACGCUAAUCGUUGGUUAGCCAUUAUUUUUUGUGUCCAAAAUGGUAAAAAAAUAACAAAUUUUGAACAUUAUGAACACAAACAUGACGUUUUAAUUACGGAGUUAAUAGAUUGCUUGACACAUGUAUACGGACAUACGGUAACUAAAUAUUCAGAUAUUUUAUUGGCGAGUGAUUUUGGUCACCACAAGUACUACUAUCCAAUUUUGUUUUUGAGAAUGACUGCUUUGGUCAGCGACGAGUUGUACGUCAAGACUUUGCCUAUAGCAUUCGCCUUGUUAUCGGGGCUCGUUGACUACUCUCAAUUGAAGCAAAUGUUGAUACCUAAAAGCGAAGUGCCGAUCGAGUUAUCUGUAGCAGUGGACUAUACAGUCGAUACUCUGUUAAAUACCGUCACGGAAACUGUCGAUACCAAAGUUGAAAAUGAUGAUGACGUUGUAUCUGAAUACGAUAUCUCCGAACAACAGCCAACACACUCUAGGGCCGUGCCAGAAAAUACAUCGACUGGUGGUGCCUGUAAGUAUAUCGGCGAAGUGUGGGGUUCCAAUGAGGAUGAUUCUACAAAUGAUUCUUGUUCUAAAUUUGGUGAUGAAGAAAAGGGCGUAAAGUUUUACACGGAGAGCGACAUGAAUCGAAUUCACGUGAAGUACACAAUUGAAAUGGACAAAUUGAGGUACGAGAUGGACGCCCAGAAGCGUCGCCUAGAACGGCAGCUGCGCGACGAUCGCAACGAGUUUGAACGUGAAAAAAAAGCGAUCGAGGAAGGUACCAAGAGCCGCGUACAACAGAUUGAAUCGGUCAAAAAGCUAGAGCAGGAAUAUCUUGAGAAGCGUUUGAUACGUGAAAAAGAAGAUGUUGAACGUAAGUUAUUGCAUGAUAAAGAAGUAAAUGAACGCAAACUGAAGGAAUGUCAGCUACGAUUUCAAGAAGAGUUGGAUAAACAAGUGCAACUUGAAAAGGAAGCUGUCGAAAUGGUCAAACGGCUCGAACAGCUUACUUUUACAGAAAAAUUCGAAAUAAUGACCCGAAAGGCUACCAAGGAACGUGAGUUGUGGCGCUUGAAGUUACAAACCGAAUUGCAAGAUCGCGGCGUUCUGGAAAAUGAAGUGGAAACGUUGCGCCAACAAAUUGAAGUCAUGCGGUUGGGCCACUCGGAAGAUGAGACGGUAUCACGUAAACGCAGGCGUGUCAAUUGCGUAUUGAACAUGUCUGAACAGCAAGGCAUUUCCAAACUCGAAUCCAUUGUAGUUAUUCGACUCUUGAACGGUGACAUUUGCACGUUUCGACGGCAGUUAAAAAAUGUAAUGUAA